AGCGACACACAGAACGUGCAUGGUGAGCUGAGAGCACAUGCUGAAUUAGUGGUGGUGCCUGAAGCUGGAAAAGGACUAGAAAAGAGGGAAACAUAAAGUACUGGCCAUCUCCAGGGAAGCUACUGGUUUACAACCUGAUCUGAUCUGACCUGAUCUUCAACUUUCAUGACUGUCUGGCAUCUAAAUGUCAAAGUAAAGAGAAGAAAAGGAAAAUAAAGGAUGUUGUCGUCUGAGUUGAUCCAGCUAAAUCUGUAGUUGGCCAAGGCCCUUUUUCAAGUUUGGGCAGACUUUAAGUUAGAAUCCCAGGAUAACUUGACAGUACCUGCCAGGAGUUCUACAUACAGCAGCUGGCGGUAGAAAAAUGAUGCAGCUGUUUACGGGAGAAGUCUUCACCCGCCACGCUUCGCUCUGACUCUUCACUCCUAACACACGAAAGCAGGAGCUGUAUGAUCAACCCUGACGAACCGUGAUCAGAACAGAAAACAUCUCCAGACCGAGAGGCCGUCAUCAUGGGCUUCAACUGUUCAAAACCUCAGAGAAAGGAGAGGUUUGAACAUCCUGAGGUAUCCCCCUUCAUGAGGGCCAGAACCGUGACCAGGCCUGUAGCAGAUAAACAGACUGAGACUGAAGGAGGCGUCACCAAAGAAACACAAACAGAGGAGGGAAACCUGUGGAUGGAGUCCAGAGCCGUGAUCAGGUUUGAUAUGCAGACUAAACCUCUGCAAGUCCUAGAUACUCCAUGGACUCCUACAGAGCUCUACAACUGGUUAAAGGAGGCCCCUGAUCCUUUUACUAAACCCAUAUACUUCCAUAAGCAUCUGCAUCUCUUCUGCAUGGCAUAUGAACCUCGUCCUGCUCAAGUCAGAAGCUUGUUGGAGUUGGCUUAUAACUCCAAGUGGGAAAAGGUGGAGAAAGACUUUUGUGUUCCAGGAGCAGACACCGAUGCUGACUGGCUGGAUGCUGAUGCCAUGGCAACAUGGCUGAAGACCGUCUGCUUGGCCUCUGUUAGCACCACUGCCAUGAGCGACCCAGGUUUCUUUGCUAGAAUAUAUUGUAAUCAGGAACCAAAGGAAUCAGUGACACAUUUCAUCUCCCGUUUUCAAGAAAUGAAGGACUCUGCCUGGGGGGAGGCUUAUGCUACCUUCGCCACUUCGUUUCUCAUGAACAGCUUACAGUCCCACGUAGCAGAGUUGUUCAAACUCAAGGUUAUUUGCUGGGAAUCGCUCAGCCUUGUACAAGCCAUUUCCACGUUAAAAGCAAUGGACUCUAAAGGCAUGUUUGAGUCAAAGAGAAAGACCCUGGGUCUGAUUAAUGAUCACUGGGCUGCUCUGGAGGAUUUCAGCAUUGAGGAGCUGCCAGCCCCGACCUUUAACAGUCGUCCCCGGAGGGCUAAGAGGAGAGGGCGGUGCUAUCACUGCGGCAAGUUCGGACACUGGAUCAGAGAGUGCAGAGCUGUUACUCAGCAACAACCCCACCCUGCUUUAGGCUGGCAGUACCUGGACUGAAGCCGAAGAGGCUGGAGCUUCGAAGGGAGACCCUACUUCCCAUGAGCUCCCAACCGUGUGUGUGUGUGUGUGGUUUUUGUUAGAGAAUAAAAUAAAAGAACAUGAAAAAUAAGGACUUGGUAAAAAGCUUUGAAUAGUUUUAAAUGCUUGUCUUUUAGAUCUUUAGGUAAACAGAUUUGAGGGCAUCUGUGGAGCUCACCCCUGUACAUAUGUAUAAGCAUUUAAAUCUGUACUGAUGUGUGAAAUCAACUGUAAACUUUCAAUGAUAAAUCAAAUAAAGCAACUACCAAACAUGGUUACUCAUCAUCAUCAUCAUCAUCAUCGUUGUCGUCAUGAGUAGAAGUUGGACUUUAUUCAUGUAUGAAAAGAGAAAAA